AUGAUAAACGACGGCAUUGAGUCGUGGUGCGGCGCUGUGCGGAGUCGGGGCCUCGUCCUCCAGCGGAUCCUCGCGUGCCGAGGAUAUAUCGCUUAUAUUUCCCAUAAUGUGCUGCGAGGCCAUGAGUCACUGAGGCACGGGGUGAAGGACGACAAUGUCCCCCCAACCCCUCUGCCUCUCAUCCAUACAGUGCUGCGAGCCCUGGCCGAGGCCCUGCCAAGAUAUGAUCCAGAGGACGUGGACGAGAUGGGGCAUAGGGCCAUUGCCAGGAAAAUUCCGCUGGUCUGUGAGGCACACAGUAACGACAGCUCCGAACGCAGACUUCGCUUCGGCCAAUCGGGACACGCGUUGAUCGGAGAUGCCCAGCCAACACUGACACCCAAGGAGCUGAUAGAAAAGUACAAUCAAAGUGACGUCAAUCCUGUGUGCAUGCUCCAUCAACUCUGCAGGGCAUUACAGGUUCAGCUGGAGCUGAAAGAGACCGUGACCCCAGCAAACACGGCAGGCGUUUACUUUGCCUUUUGUGCUGUGAUUGACGGUAAGAUUUAUGAGACUGGGAUUGGAACUAGCAAGAAGCAGGCCAAGUGCCGUGCGGCAGAAAUAGCUCUGAAAGACCUGACACUCGCAAUGGAAAAGGAACCCACCCUUCCAGAGGCACCAGAAUGCAAGAAUCCCCUCGGGGACAAGAUCCUUCACGCCGUGAGAGAGCAACUGGGCAAGCUGUUGAAGAGUCACCCGGAACUUCCCUCCUGCCAGGGCACUGUGGCGGCAAUCAUCGUUGAGACGUACACCAGAUGUGAGGUGGUUGCCAUAGGAACUGGGAACUUCAACACUAACGAGAUUGCCACUCCAAAAGGACGGUUGCUUCAUGAUUCACAUGCUCUAGUGACCACAAGGAGAUCAUUGAUGCGGUACCUGUACCACCACCUGCUGCUGUUCUACAAUAAGAAUACAAUCCUGAAAGAGAGGUCCAUCUUCCAGCAGAGCAGCACCAGCAACCUUCUGUCCCUGAAAAGUGGCGUGACACUCCACCUCUACAUGAACCAGCUGCCCAAGGGCACAGCUAAGAUAGCCUCUUACCUGAACAUGACUCCUGGCUCAGUGUCUUCGCGGGAGAUGAACAACCAGAUCAGCCUACACCUGACAGUGGGAGGCAAGGUCGUCCCCGUUUUCUCCUGCGCUGAGAACUGGACCUUCAAGAAGAUGGUCAGCAUGUCAGCCUCUGACAAAUUCACCCAGUGGCAGGUGCUCGGUUACCAGGGUGCCCUGCUCAGCCACUUCUUGGAACCCAUAUACGUGCUGAGCAUCUUUUUAGGAAACAAUGUGCGGAUGAUGGAGAUGGUCACGACCCAACGCUUGAACGGGCUCACCCUGCACCUGCCCAUGCACUACUGCAUGCUGCAGCCCCGCAUCAGCCUGGUCGGUGGGCUGACAGUGAAUGACGGCGCCGAUGCACAGCAGAGUCUAAGUGUUAACUGGGUCAAAGGAGACGGUACCGUGGAGGUGGUGGACAGUCUGAAAGGCAGGACUGUGAAAGAGUCUCCCUUUAAGAGUGGCUCUGAGCUGGCUAGCCGUCUGUGUAAAGCGGCCAUGUUAAGCCGCUUCGGGCUGGUGGCUAAAGAGGCCCAGCGACCGGAUCUGCUGGCUUUCACCUCUUACAAAGAGGCCAAGAUGAUGGCGAAGUCCUACCAGGAGGCCAAGAACAUGGUGAAGGAUCACCUGCUGCAACAAGGCUAUGGAUCCUGGGUGACCAAGCCUCUGGUCGAUGAGCACUUCAGCAUGUGAAAAAAGAAUGUGUGGUUGGAUUGUUAUCGCCCCUCAACAAAUACCUUUACAGUUCAAGUUGUGUUUCGAGAACUGAAUAAUUUAGCAGCAAGAAAAACUUUUAAUUAAAAAAAUGUUUAGAUGGAUGCCAGAUGUCUUAUUUCUCCUGCAGUUGUUUUUGUUCACUUUAUUAUCAGAUCAAAUGUCUUUAUUUUGAACAUGACCAAGCAUUAAAAAAAAA